AAGAGGCUGAAUGUGCGCGCGCGCUUUGACCGACAUCAGCAACAGUUUGUAGAACAGACACAUUCCACCAGGAUGUCUAAGCUGAAGCCGUGGCUGCUGUGCCUCUGUGUUUGCGGACUUAUUCUUCUUCUUACUGUGGUCGUCGCGUGCGUCGUCUGGUUCGCAGGUUCCAGAGUCGCGUGUCCCAGCGGAGAAUACGCGCGCGCGGCUGUGGCGGCGGACUCACGACUUUGUUCGGAGAUUGGCAGGGACAUGCUCCUGCAGGGGGGGUCGGCAGUAGAUGGCGCCAUUGCAGCUCUUCUGUGUACGUCUGUGGUGAAUCCUCAAAGUAUGGGAAUUGGAGGAGGGUCUAUCGUCACAAUACGAGAUAAAACAGGCAAAGUAAAAGUCUACAACUUCAGGGAGACCGUCCCACAGCUGUUUAAGACGAACCUGUUGAAUGAUUGUCCCACCACAUUUAGAUUGUCCUCAGGCAGCCAGUGGAUCGGCAUUCCAGGGGAGUUGCGAGGCUACGAGGCCAUUCAUAACCAGUAUGGGAGGCUUCGCUGGUCCAAACUCUUUGAACCCACGAUCAAACUGGCCAGAGACGGCAUCCCCAUGCCGACCUACCUGGGAAAACUACUGCAGGAGCCUAUCAUUAAAAACAGAGUGGAAAGUUCCUCGCUCUGUGAAGUUUUCUGCAACAAGAACAGGACUGUUCUAAACAAAGGAGAUACUCUAAAGUACACAAAACUCGCUGAAACAAUGGAAACUAUCGCACAAAAAGGAGCAGAGUCUUUCUACACUGGCCAAGUAGGACGUGACCUAAUCCAAGACAUAAAAGACGCAGGUGGUACACUGAAAAUGGAGGAUCUGGCGUCCUAUAAGGUACGAGUGGAAGACGCUUGGACUGUUCCUCUGGGAAACGCUCAGAUGUACAUCCCUCCACCACCUGCUGGGGGCACCCUGCUGGCUUUCAUUCUCAAACUGAUGGAAGGGUUUUCCUUGACAUCAGAGUCUUUGGAGGGAGACCACAGGGUUCAGACGUACCAUCGGUUUAUAGAGGCUAUGAAAUUCGCUAAUGGACAGAGGAGGAGUAUUUGUGAUCCGUCCUUUAAUAAAGACAAGAGUGCUGCUCAUUUGAUGAAUUCAUCGUUCAUUAACCACAUCAGAGAGAUGAUAUCUUCAAACUCCACCCAUGACGACUCCUACUACUUCAACAUCAAACCGUCCUCUGAUCAAACUGGGACAACACAUGUUUCUGUGAUGGAUGAGGAUGGACUGGCUGUUUCUGCCACCAGCACCAUUAAUCAAAUAUUUGGAGGAGCCAUUUAUUCUUCACGAACAGGAAUAAUUCUCAACAAUGAACUGUCUGACUUUUGUGGGAGAGCAGACGCAGUGAAGGCAGGUGAACAGCCUCCGUCUUCAAUGACUCCAGUAAUCCUGGAGUCAAAAUCUGGACGAAUCCUUGUGAUUGGAGGAUCAGGAGGAAGUCUGAUUACCACAGCAGUGGCCUUGUCUAUAAUGAAUCACCUCUGGCUGGGGAUGAAUUUGACAGAGGCCAUUUCUGCACCUAUUGUGUUUGUUGAUUCCAAGAACAAUGUGCAUUUUGAGCCACUCUUUGACAAGACUGUCAUAGAUGGCCUUAAAGCUGUUGGACACAAAAUUACACACUGGAAGUACUUCUUCAAUGUAGUCAACGCUGUGGAAAAAGAGGGUGGCUGCAUUUCAGCAUUUUCAGAUAUUCGGAAGAUGGGACAGUCAGCUGGAUACUGACGAAUGCCUUCAGCUUUAGUCUUUGAGACAAUAGAAUAUGCCACCGACCAAAGAAAUGCCAGUAAUUCAGGGCUCAGACAGCACUCUGGCAGACAAAACUCAGUUUAACGUCAUUACAAACAAGAAACAAGAGCUAACACAGUCACCAAAGGUAGAAUUAAUCAUGUUUUUUGUAAGUCAGGCCAUACAAAGUUUUGAAUAUCAUCUUACUGUCUUUGUUGAUAUCAUCAUGUAAACUGAGCUCUUGAAAAUACAGUCAGGUUCAUAAAUGUUUGGAUAAGGACACAAAUUAUUCUAAUUUUGCUUCUGUAUAACAUCAGAGUGAAUUUGAAAUGAAGCAAUCAACAUGUUAUUGUGAACUUUCAGCUUUAAUGCAAGAUUUUUA